UUCAAUCCCAACUCAUCAACCUAUCAUACCACUUGUAUCUAAAAUGUUCAACAUAGAGAAUUGUCUUCGACUAAUAAAGUCGUUAGUGGCUUUAUUUAUCACUACAUCUGAUAAUGAGCAUGCAAUAAAAGGUAUAAAGGAAUGUACGAGAGCAAUAAGAAAACUGUAUCGGGAAUUGCCAGGUUGUACUUCAAUUGGAGGAAAACAGCAACUCGAAGCUCAGAUCCGUUCUAUAAAAUCAUUGAAACAACAAUUCAAACAACAACAACGAAUUGGUGCAGGUCUGAGUAGACGAAAGGAAACUGCUUGGAACAGAGUCCAUUGGAAUGAUUCAUUAUCAGCAUUCGACUCGAGAAUAAGAACAGGUGUGAUUAGUAACCUGAAACAUAAGGAGCCUAAGGAUUUUUUGAUGGACUGCGAAGCUAUAUUUCGUCGAAGAAUUCUGAAUGCAUUGAAGAAGGAUGAAGCUGUUAAGGUCAAUAUGGUUUUUUGUGGAGAGUUUCAGAUUAUGACAGCCAAUAAAAUUCAAAAGGAAUAUAAGUACUUCACAACAUCCAAUUCACCUAUUUACCGAGACACGAAUAUUACUGAAUGGUUCAAUAUAAAUGUUUUGGUAUCAAUUCUCAAAGAUCUUGAGGAAUUCCAAGAACGUGAUAGCGGAUGGGCUCUGGUUAAUGUUGUUAACCUAGGGGUGAAUAUAAACAAGUUCACACCCCAACUUGGAAGCUCAUACAUAGAACUUCCUCCUCAAAUAAAACGGAAAGAGGCUUGUAUCAAUGUGAAAAACGACGAUGAAGCAUGUUUCGCAUGGUCUGUGAUGGCGGCAUUACACCCUGUUGAGAAGGACCCCCAACGAUUAUCCAAAUAUCCUCAUUAUUCCAAAAUUUUGAAGUUGAAAGGUAUUCAAUUUCCGAUGACAAUGAAACAGAUACCCAACUUUGAAAAACAAAACCAGAUAUCCAUUAAUGUUUAUAUUCUGAAAAAGGAAAAGAGGAACUUCACUACAUUGCCAACAUACCUAACAAAAAUUAAAAUGAAUAGACAUAUCAACUUACUCCUUAUACAAGAUCACUAUUCAAACGAUGAUACUCCAGUGCGAUACCAUUAUGUAUGGAUCAAAAAUCUCUCUCGUCUGGUAUCGAGUCAAUUGAGCAAGGAACAUGGACAGAAAUUUAUAUGUGAUAGAUGUCUCCGGUACUUACGAUCUGAAGAAAAACUAAAAAGUCAUUCAGAGGAUUGUGGAAACAUGAAUGAAACAGCUAUAAAGAUGCCUGAGAUAGGAAACAAUACACUCAAGUUCAAAAAUCAUAAAAACAAGGAGAAGGUACCUUUUAUUAUUUAUGCAGAUCUGGAGAGCAUACUAAAACCUACUAACACCAAAAACAACUAUCAAGAACAUAAAGCUGCAGCUGUAGGAUACUAUGUAAAGUGUUCAUAUGAUGAUUCUCUGAGUUUUUAUCGUUCUCAUCGAGGUCCCAAUUGCAUGAAAUGGUUUGCAGAUGAGAUGAAUCAAUUUGCUGGAGACGUUGACUCAGUUUUCUUAUGUCCCUACGACAUCGAUAUGACGCCAAAACAGGAAGUCGAAUUUCGGAAGGCAACUCACUGUCAUAUUUGUGAAGAAAUGUUCAAACCUGAAGAUAAAAAAGUAAGAGAUCAUAAUCAUCUUAUCCCCGAAAAGAAUUACCGUGGAGCAGCACAUGAGGGGUGUAAUAUAAAUUAUAAGGAUAGUCACAUGAUUCCUGUAGUAUUUCACAACCUGAGUGGAUAUGACGCUAAUUUUCUGAUACAAGAUAUUGCCACAAGAAUGGAAGGGAAAAUCGAUUUUUUACCGAUAACUAAGGAGAAAUAUAUCAGUUUCACCAAACACUAUGAUGAUUAUCACAUUAAUUUCCGAUUCAUUGAUAGUUUCCGAUUCAUGGCUUGCUCUUUAGACAAACUAGCGUCCUAUUUAGAAGAGUUUCCGAACUUGAAAUCACAAUUUCCUGAGGAAUCUGAAGAACAUAUCAGUCUUCUUACGAACAAAGGAGAAAUGUCCACGAAGAAGAUAUGA